AUGAGUCGCAUUGUGGAUUCUGCCGAGGAAGAGCUCCCAUCCAAUGGCCAGGAGGAAGGGAAGCCGAUGUCACUUGCGGAACGUGAGGCCCGCUGGGGAUUUACGCUUGAAGAGCUGCUUGUGGCGACCAAAGUAGUGCGUACGCUUUUUCAUAAUCCCUCUCUCUUCGUGGGGGAUAAUUAUCUCCACGAGAGCCGCCUGUACACGAUGAUCACACGGGACCGCAAGACGAAACGUGAAAACCGCGAAGUGUACAAAAUGAUCAUGAAUGCGGAGAAGAGCCGACGAAAACGUUUUAAACGCAUGCAAGACAUUGAAGCCAUACGACGCACGGAAAUGAAACGAGAGCGAGAGGAGGCUCUUAAUGCGUUGAUGCAGCGGCCAACCACGCCAAUGUUGGCGAUUGAAGGACCAUCGGAAACAAAACCCACCUGCGAGCGCCCGGAACUUAGCGAAGGUGACAUGCUGGCGGAGACUCAACGUGAGGAGGAUGCUCUUGACUCUUUUUCCGCGUAUGAUCGGCAGAUUAUUAGAUUGAUUGGUGCAUUUGAGAAUAUUAUUCGCCUGGAAGAGACUUAUGAUGUCAAUCCCACCGCACCAGACUGGCUAAAAAUUUCGCAGCUUGUGGCGCAGGUCUAUCGUUACUUGCCACAUGCAUUUGGAUCACAAAUGCCUUCUGCUUUAUUUCGCGGUGCCGCUCCCGCCAUGACCCCUCCUGAGCAGCGAGAAAAAUACACGGCAGUUGUAAAGCUACGCAUCGCACAUCUUUGUCUUGAAUGGAUGAAAUUAGCGGAGGUGACUAAAAAUAAUGAAGAGGAUGAUGAGAACAACACGAGAGAUGGCAGAAACAACACCGGAAUAAGAAAUAUUCUUUCUACACAGGAAGAUGUGUUUGUGGCGGACUCUACUUUGCUUCGAAAGGUAUCAUUUCUGCGGAAGUGUGGUGAUAUGAACUCUCUGUUAACUGACGUCCUUUGUGCCGUUCAACACAUCGUGCCGGCAACAGAUAUUUUAAGAUCCCUGGAGGCUGUACUUGCUGAGGGUGUGGCUGAUAACCGAUUUGUUUCCCAUGAUGGGAAUGGGGCAUCCACGUUUUCAGCGGAGGCGUCGUUGAAUCUCUUCAUUGCCCGGAGACUUUAUGCGAGCAGUCGGGUCCGAGAGUGGGGAGAAUCUCCUUUUAAAGUUAACACUUGCCCACCGACAUCGGAGGAUGAGGAACCCGAUAGCUACUCUGUAUUUGAUGAUGCGCGGAUGUACGCUGCCGGUCAGACCGUCCCGUCUGACGAAGUCCUUCAAUUAAACCGCUGGAUUGCUUGUCAUACUUGCCGCGUGCGGUACAACAAGUUGCACCCUUAUUAUUACAGCCUUUGUCACCUCUGUGGGGAAUACAAUUUUAAUAAGAGACUUCUUACGCGAGACCUACGUGGCAAAGUUGUGCUGCUCACUGGCUGCCGCAUUAAAAUUGGUUUCGCAAUGGCCCUCUCCCUCUUGCGGUGCGGUGCUCGACUUGUGGGCACUACCCGGUUUGUACAUGAGGCAUUGGCACGUUUUCAGCGUGAGGCCGACUAUGCCACGUGGGGCGAUCGGCUGCACCUUUUCGCUCUCGACCUCCGGGAUCUUUGGUUGGUGACGCAGUUUUGUGCCUUUGUGAGGCAACACUUUCCAAAAAUAUUUGCCAUCAUUAACAACGCCGCACAAACCAUUGCACGAACAAGGGAGUACACGGCUCAUGUUCGUCAUGUUGAGGCUUUCCCACCAGAAGAACUGCACCGCCGUUUGUACGAGGACACGAAAGCGGGGGAGUGGCAUCGAUUUUUUCUCUCACACACUUCGGUGACAAUUGGGGAACCCCUUCGCAUCGAGCACCAUCCACACGAGCAGCCAUUUCUGGAUGAUGUGAAGGCCGUGGCGAACGGCAAAGACAUGGUCCAUGAGGAGAACGUGACGGGCGAAAAGCAGCAGUCGAUUGUCGCCACAGCCCGUACCGCCGAUACGCACUCUUUAAUUUUUGACCGUUAUGACACUCAGACGGAAGAAAGUGACAGGCGUGAGACGAACUCAUGGAUGAUGCGAUUGGCUGAGGUGCCAGGAAGUGAGGCAGCAGAGAUCAUGGCCAUCAACGCACUUUCGCCACUGAUAAUUAACGGCAAGCUAAAGCCCUGUUUGCUAAAUCGGGAAGGAGAUGCGGCACCAAGCGAGGAACGGUUUAUCAUAAACGUCUCUGCUAUGGAAGGCCAGUUCUACCGUUACAAGCAGGUGACGCAUCCACACACCAACAUGGCGAAGGCUGCCCUCAAUAUGAUGACACGGACGAGCGGUGAGGACUAUGCUCAAGACGGGAUCUUUAUGAACUCCGUAGAUACGGGGUGGAUCACCGAUGAGUCGCCAAGGUUGAAAAAAGAGCGGCGAGCGGAACAGUUGCUUUUGUGUCCACUUGAUGAGAUUGACGCCGCCGCACGCUGUUUGGACCUCAUUUACACAAACAGCAGGGCGUACGGAAAGUUCUUCAAGGACUUCAAAGAAAUACCGUGGUGA